AUGUCGUCGUCCACUUCCAGCGCCGGGGGCGAGGCCGCCGGCGAGUUCACGGAGGUCGUCAUCGUGCGGCACGGCGAGACUUCAUGGAACGCCUCGCGCAUCAUACAGGGACACUUGGAUGCAGAGCUUAAUGAUAUUGGGAGGCAGCAAGCUUUUGCGGUUGCUCAUCGCCUUUCUAAAGAAGCGAAACCAGUUGCCAUAUACUCUUCUGAUCUGAAGCGAGCAGCAGAGACUGCGCAAACAAUCGCAAGAAUUUGCAAUGUGCCAAAUGUCGUGUUUGAUCCAGCACUGAGAGAAAGACACAUUGGAGAUCUGCAGGGCAUGAAGCUUCAAGAUGCUGCUACAGAGAAACCAGAGGCAUACAAAGCUUUUAUGUCCCACAAGAGAAAUCAACAAAUUCCUGGUGGUGGAGAGAGUCUUGAUCAACUGUCAGAGCGUUGUGUGUCAUGUCUGUACAACAUCGUUGAGAAACACAAAGGGGAGCGAGUUAUCCUGGUUUCACACGGCGGAACCAUCAGGGAACUCUACAGGCACGCCAGCCCUACGAAGCCGCUCCACUGUAAAAUACACAACACGUCAGUGAGUGUCAUCCUCGUGUCGGAUGCCACCGGUCGUUGCAUCGUCAAGAUGUGCGGGGACAUCAGUCACCUUCAGGAGACGGGCGUCCUGGAGAAUGCCUUUGGUGGCGAUAAGACCUCCGCCUAA